AUAUGUAAUGUAUUUAAAUGAAUCGCUGCAAUAUGUUGUAGAUGUGUUUGAUACAUUUUAAAUGUAUAUUAUAUAUGACAUGAAAUAAUUACACAGGGACAUUUUCAGCUCAUUUUUUACACAUCAAAAGAAUUUAUUUCGGGUGCAGGGCGACUGAUGUAUAUUGAAGUUAUAAUGACGUGCAAUCAAUUACACUCUUGAUAUACAGAAUUGCCCCGUUAUGGUUAAUACAAUAUAAUUUCACGGAAAUAUGAAUUAGUAAACCAUCACCACCAAAUGAGGGUAAAUAUUUGGUGCAAGUGUGGAGUCAAUGGGUGAUAUGACCAACAAUCCCAAUGAUGGAAAGAACACGUGGAGGGCAUUUCUUUGGUGGUUCAAAUGCGUCACCAAUUUAGGGCGUGUUCUUCACAACAGGGUCUAUAUAGGUCUGUGAUCUCUGCUACUGAAUACACAAAGCAUCAUUCUAGCCACAAGUUACACACAACGAAGUAACUCAAACAGCUCUCAUCGUUAAAAAAAAAAAAAAAAAAUGCAGGCUGAGGAAUACAAUCGCAGGGGCAAGGAGCUGGUGGACUACAUCACACAGUACUUGGGCUCCAUCAGGGAGAGGAGGGUGAUUCCAGAUGUGAAACCCGGCUACAUGAAGGAGCUUCUCCCUGAUACUGCGCCUACAGAGCCGGAGGACUGGGAGACUAUCUUCAACGACAUUGAGAAAGUCGUCAUGCCAGGAGUGGUUCACUGGCAGAGCCCUCAUAUGCACGCCUACUACCCCAGUCUGACUUCAUGGCCCUCUAUGCUCGGGGACAUGCUGGCCGAUGCCAUCAACUGUGUUGGAUUCACCUGGGCCUCUAGCCCAGCAUGUACAGAGUUGGAAAUGAAUGUGAUGGACUGGUUGUGUAAAGCUCUGGGGCUCCCCUCCUUUUUCCUGCAUCACCAUCCUGACAGCAGAGGUGGAGGCAUACUGCAGAGCACAGUCAGCGAGAGUACACUGGUUGCUCUGCUGGCAGCCAGGAAAGACAAAAUCUUGCAGCUGCGGGCCGAGGUCGACCAGGAAGUGGACGACUCAUUCCUAAAUUCAAGGCUGGUGGCCUACGCUUCAGAUCAGGCUCAUUCAUCAGUGGAAAAGGCAGGUCUGAUUUCUCUGGUGAAGAUCAGGUUUCUGCCCACUGAUGAGCAGUUGUCUCUGAGGGGAGACACUUUAAAACAGGCCAUACAAGAAGACAGGAGGAUGGGACUGGUCCCUUUCAUGCUGUGUGCGACUUUGGGAACUACAGGAGUGUGUGCCUUCGACAAGCUAUCUGAACUGGGACCAGUGUGUGCGGAAGAGGGCCUGUGGCUUCAUGUCGAUGCUGCGUAUGCUGGCUCGGCCUACUUCUGUCCUGAGCUCCGCUGGUCACUGGAGGGCAUCGAAUUUGCCCACUCUUUUGUCUUUAACCCUUCCAAGUGGAUGAUGGUGCAUUUUGACUGCACAGCUUUCUGGGUAAAGGAUAAGUAUAAGCUUCAACAGACCUUCAGUGUUGACCCUGUUUAUCUCAGACAUGAAAACUCACAGGCAGCCACUGACUUUAUGCACUGGCAAAUUCCCCUCAGCCGACGUUUCCGCUCUCUCAAACUCUGGUUUGUCAUGCGCUCCUUUGGACUGAAAAACCUCCAGGCUCAUAUCAGACAUGGGAUCGAGAUGGCAAAACUCUUAGAGUCUCACAUAAGGAGAGACCCAAAUUUUGAGGUUCCUGCUGCGAGGCACCUUGGCCUGGUGGUCUUCUGCCUGAAAGGAGGAAAUGCUUUGACCCAGGAGCUGUUGAGGAGACUGACCCGGUCAGGCACCAUGUACCUCAUCCCUGCCGACAUUCACACCACGCGCAUCAUCCGAUUCACGGUGACCUCACAGUUCACUACUGCAAAUGACAUCCUUAAGGACUGGGGCAUCAUCUCCAAAACGGCUUCCACUCUUCUGGCUGAGACGCAGGGUCCCAAUAACGCAGACCGAUCAAAGGCAGGGGAAGACGACGUGAUGGAAGCAGAAGAAAACCAAGACCCCAACUCAGACACCAGGUCUGAUGAAAAAGAGGAUGCCGCAUCCAUGCUGGACAAAGCUCAAGUGGAGCUGUGGAUUGACAAGGCUUGGAAUCGCUCUAGGAGACCAAUGCGCUCUCUUAGCUGCAACAGCGAGCCUCUGCCUUACACUUACGUCGGGCCGCUGUCCGGCUACGACUUUGACACAAGGCCUGCUCAUAAAGAUGUUGCAGGUGCUCUCCCCACGCCAUCAACGCCAGCAUCCAGUCCUUUGACUAAGGUUACAGAAAUGCCUUCAAAUCUGCUGGGUAAGCAGGUCCUGAAAAAGCUCACCAAGUUCUACAGCGUGCCCAGUUUCUGCAACCAGUGGGUGCAGUGUGGUCGGCACCCGCUGUGCUGCCCCCUGAAGGUUUCACAGGCGGCUCAAAAACACUUGUCCUCCACCUGCAGGAGAAUGAACUGUAUGUCUUCUUCUCCUAUCGCCAACACAGCUCCCUCUCCCACUCCGCUGGAAACUGCCACUGCACCUAAGCUCCUCUAAUGAUCCUGAAAGCAGUGUACAGUAGGUACAUACACACACAGUAAUUCAGCUAUUUAAUAAUUAAACAAUUUACUGCUGUGUUGGCGCUGAGCUUCAAAUUGAAGAUCACUAUCUAAUUAUAUCAUUGAUUUGGGAUUACUUUGCUCAUUUUCAAUCAAGUUUUUAAAAUCUUUUUAUUAAAAAGUAUUUCAAACAACAUUAAAUCACUUGAAAUAUUUCAGUGCACAACAUUCCUCACAGAAGGUAAAGUAGCUGAUGAAAUGUGCUGCACAGACACGCUCAAUGUGCAGGUUAUUCCAGCAUUAUUAGGCAUCCUGUAUCAGCUAAAACCUAAAAAUCAAAUGUAAUAUUUGAGGUUGACGAUCUAAUAAUAAACACUGAACUCAUUCAGA